CCGCGCGCUGGGGUCCCGCCCGGCCUCCCCGGCCCGCGCCGCCUCCUUCCCACCAGCGGCGGCCGGCAAAGCCCCCGAGGAGCCGCCGCCGCGCCGCCAAGCGGGGGCUGGCACGGGGGCGGUCGCGGGGUUCGCCCUGGCCCCCAGCCUCGUCCGCGCCCCUCCCCCGAGCAGCUGUCAAUCAGCGGAGCGAGGAGCCGGAUUGGCGGAGGGGAGGCAGUUGCCCGGGCGCCGCCGUCCCGCCCCCGCGCCGCCCCCGCGCCCGCCCCCUGCACUCCUCGUCCUCCCCAGGGCCCUGGGAAGGGGCGCAGCGUGGGAAAGGGAUGGCUGAGUUUUAACCGGAGGCAGAGCGUGAGCGGAUCAGUGUGUGCGGAACCCGAGCAGCCGGCCGCGGAGAGUCGCCGCUGCUGUGAGCUCCUCCCUGCCCGCCGCGCCGCCGCUGCCCGGAGCCCCGCGCAGCCAGCAUGAAGCGCGCCCACCCCGAGUCCAGCUCCUCGGACAGCGAGCUGGACGAGGCCGUCGAGGUGGAGAAGGAGAGCGCGGAUGAGAGUGGAAACUUGAGUUCGGCCCUAGGUUGCAUGUCCCCAGCUACGUCUUCGCAGAUCCUGGCCAGGAAAAGACGGAGAGGCAUCAUUGAGAAACGCCGGCGAGACCGGAUCAAUAACAGCUUGUCUGAGCUGAGGAGGCUGGUGCCCAGUGCUUUUGAGAAGCAGGGAUCUGCUAAGCUAGAGAAAGCCGAGAUCCUGCAGAUGACGGUGGAUCACCUGAAAAUGCUGCACACUGCAGGAGGGAAAGGCUACUUCGACGCGCACGCCCUGGCCAUGGACUACCGGAGUUUGGGGUUCCGGGAGUGCCUGGCAGAGGUCGCCCGCUACCUGAGCAUCAUCGAGGGGCUGGAUGCCUCCGACCCGCUUCGAGUCCGGCUGGUAUCGCAUCUUAACAACUACGCCUCCCAGCGGGAAGCGGCGAGCGGCGGGCACGCGGGCCUCGGGCACCUUCCCUGGGGGAGCGCCUUCGGACACCCCCCGCACGGGGCGCACCCGCUGCUGCUGCCCCAGAACGGCCACGGGAACAGCGGCUCGGCGGCCUCGCCCACGGACCCGCACCACCAGGGCCGCUUGGCGGCGGCUCAUCCCGAGGCGCCCACCCUGCGAGCGCCCCCUAGCGGUGGCCUUGGACCGGUGCUCCCCGUGGUCACCUCCGCCUCCAAACUGUCGCCACCCCUGCUCUCCUCCGUGGCCUCCCUCUCCGCCUUCCCCUUCUCUUUCGGCUCCUUCCACUUACUCUCUCCCAGUGCGCUGAGCCCGUCGGCACCCACGCAGGCAGCAAACCUCGGCAAGCCCUAUAGACCGUGGGGCACGGAGAUCGGAGCUUUUUAAAGGACUGAUGCUGUAGAAGGAGGGAGGGACCGCUUACAAUCCCAGCUGAGCUGGCGGUUGCCGACAUCACCUUAAAGUCCUCAGUUAUAAUAAAGAGGAAACAGGUACAAUCCCAGAUAAAUUCUGUUGAAAGACGAAAGGUUUGUUGUUUUACCUUUUCUUUCUUAAUGUUUUUUUUCUAAAUCAUGACAUGUAUUAGCAGGUUUUAAAUUUUGUUCCAAACAUUAAAUGGAAAUAGUGUAAAUCGACACCUGCUGAUAGGUUUGUACUGUGCCUAAUUUACUUUGUAAACCCAUUGGUCUACGAGUGAUUCAAUUUUUGCCUCAGAGUUUAGGGAAUUCUUAGUAUUUGGGGGCUGUGUUACAUUCUGUUUUUAGAAUUAAUUGUCCAAACCACUUUGCUGAAUAUUAACGUGAAGCUGUCUGUUAAUACUUUGACAAUGAAGGUGUUGUAUAAAUAAUAUUCUUUUUUUUUGGGGGGGGGGGAAUAUUGGAUUUUGUAUUUCUGAACAAAGCGUUUGACAAAUCAGAUGAUCAGCUUUACCCAAGAAAGAAGGCGAAUUCUCUGCCUCCUACAGCAGGAAAGGUGGAUGUACAGAGUCCACCAGGAGCCCUGAGUUCAUGACCAGCCGUCUGCCGGGACCAGACGGGCUGUUCUGGCUUAGUCAGGAGGGAGCCCCCUGUGGCGGAGGCCCCUGUUGAAGUUGGCUGGGAGGAGAUGAGGAUAAUUGCAUAGACUACCCUGCAUUUCCAGCCCCGAGCCGUGUGACGCAUUUUAAUCUCCCAGAUCUCCCAGAUGCUAACACGGAGAAGUGCACCAGGUGGCCAAGUGGUCCGGUGGAACGGUCCAGUGGAACCUGUUAAAGGCAUACCCUAAUUCUUCCAAGAUUGGCCAUAUUUUCUUCUCACUGGAAGCCUUUAUGUUGCGUUUUCC